GGAGAUGCCCAAAUCACGGAGAUACUACUGUCACCUGUGAACCGGUAGGGAUAGAGGGAACGAGGUUAUUCUUAAAACGAAUUCAAUUUGUAUGAUAAAGCAAAAUGAUGGUUUCGCGAUGGUUUUUCACACGGCGGUCAUAUUUGCUGCCUUGACAGGAUUUAUCGAAGUAUUUUGCAGGGGCUCUUCAACAUCAGCUGUAUUUAUCAGGGAACAAAGCCAGCUGUGAAAUGUAUUCUGGAGCAGGCCUGCCAGCUGCUAGGACACCACCAUCAAGUCCAUGUGCAUCAAAAUUUAUGUACCAUCCUCCACCACUCCCAUGUCCUCCAAAAGAGCCUUCCCUAGCCCCUUUAUCAUCCUUUUCAAAUGAAUGCAAAACUGAUUUUCCUUCAGUAUUUCCCCCCCCUUCAACUCAAACAAAUGACUUGAAUCCAAACUUUUCUCCACUUACAUAUACUGUACCAGGUGUUAGUGUAUCUCCUUCAGAUUAUUCUUGUACCCCCUUUUCACCUUUCCCUUUAUCACCUCCCCCUCCUCCAGCACCACCAGGGAAAUCAUUCUGUCCUGGAGGAUUUCCCUCUCCACCUCCGCCUCCUCCCCCACCUCCUCUCCCUCCCCCUAAACCUUCCCUAGCACUUCAAGGAGUAUCUACCUCUGCUUGUCCCCCUCCCAUUGCCCCUGCCGCUGUUCCUCCUCCUCCUCCUCCCCCUCCUCCUGGAAUUAAUCCUUCACUGCCAGGUACUUCUGGAGCAAGAAAAGGUUCAACCAUAAGAAAGAAACCUGUCACACCAGUAUCCCCCAUGAAACCUCUUUUUUGGAAGAGAAUACAACUCAAUCAGCUACCUGUCAGACUGGAGACUGAGGCCAGUGAAACAGUUUGGGCAACACUCGAGGAACCAACAAUUAAUGUCAGUCGCCUUGUUGAAACAUUUGCCAAGGUGGAGAGAAAGACAGAGGGAAAACUUUUAUCCUCUAGAUCGAUGCACAAAAUAAAACAGCAAGUUAUCCACUUAUUGGACAACAAGAGAUCGCAAUCUGUGGGAAUCUUUCUGAGCAGUCUUCAUGUUAAUAUGGAUGAGAUAAGAGAUGCUCUGUACAAUGUGAACACCUCCAUUGUGGAUCAGGAAAGCCUCAGCUCACUGUAUGAAAUUAGGCCAACAAAAGAGGAACUUCAAACAAUAGCUACAUUCUGUCAAAAGAAUUGUGAUGUGAUGCUUGACAGACCUGAGCAGUUCUUAAUGGAUUUGUCAAAAAUCAGCUGUUAUGAGGAGCGACUUUACUGUUUGAUGUUAAGAACAAGCGUGACAGAUUCUCUCUCAGAAAUUGGACAGAAACUGACCAACUUUCGAUUGGUUUGUGAGAUGUUGCAGACAUGCAAAGAAGUUCCGAACAUUUUGGGUUUAGUACUUGCCUUUGGGAACUAUAUGAAUGGAGGAAACAUUGCUCGUGGACAGGCAGAUGGUUUUGAAUUGGACAUCCUUCCAAAACUGAAAGAUGUGAAAUGCAAAGACAAUUCCACCAACCUGCUACAUUAUCUUGUAACUGUGUACAUUGAAAAGUUUGAUAAGAAUGCAGGGACUGUUAAUGCCAAGUUUCCACUACCAGAACCACAUGAUCUGAAAGUGGCAUCUCAAAUAAAGUUUGAGGACAUAGAGGCAGAAAUAAACAGCUUAAGGAAGCAGUUAGACCUAUGUAAUAAAAAGCUUUCCAAAGUGAUGAAGGAAAGUGAAGAAAGUCUUCAACAACCGUUCAGUAGCAUAAUGAGUUCAUUUCUGGAGCAGAGUCAAGGAGAGCUUUCAGAGCUGGAACAAGCACUUACAGAGUGCCACAAAAGGUACUCAUCCCUUUGGAGAUUCUUCAAUGCCAAACCUAUGGCUACAUGUAGUCCACCUCAAGAAUUCCUUGAGAUCUGGGCAAAGUUUAGUUCUGACUUCCUGUUAUUCUGGAGAAAGGAGCAGCAGCUGAUUGCCAAACUUGCUUUUGAAGAAACAAAACGAAAAGUGUACAAGGAAAAAGUAGAAGGAAUAUCCGUGAAGCCAGCAACUGUUAGUGGUUUGAAACUUAAGUUGGCCUCUUCAAGAAAGGCAAAUGCUAGCUGAGCCAACUAAAUGAAAGUACUGGCAGAAUGGUUUGGCUCUUGUAGUUACCAAGACUUCACAGUAGUGGGUUUCACUUUGAAAGAAAGGAAAUGUACAUCAUGUAGUACCGUGAGAAUUUGCUUCCCCUAAUUUCUUUUGAUCAAAGUUCUCUCAUUAUUUGUGAACAUAGCAACCUAGAGUGGUGGCAGUUUCAAUUGAAUUGAAUGAAAACAUUCGAUCUUUGAGUGCUUUUGUUGUCAAUAAGCAGAGUGCAAUAGUACUUCCAUUCUUUUUCACCAUUCUGGUGAGGGAUUUGGCUCUUGUCCAUUGUAACUGUGUGUGGUAUUUAAAAAUUGAGAGUUAAAUUGUCACCAUUCCAUGCUGCAAUGAAGCUGCGGCCAUGCCAAAUGUAAAAAAAAUUUAUACACAUAGUUGUGUACCCAAUUAUGACCACGUCUCUAACAGGGUAACAGAUUAGGCAGAAAAGUUUAACUCAAAUAUAACCAGGUACUUCAUUUCACAAAGGGAAUUCCUGUUUCUUAGUGGAGGUCUUAUCGUGAAGUGGGGUGAGUCUAUUAUAAGCUUUCCUGGCCAACCUUGUACCAAACUACAUAUAAAACAUGUAUCAGGAUAUCAAAGUGGCGCCAGACAAGACAGUUAUAUUUAUAGCUAAUUUAUUAAUGUAAUAUUUAUUAAUGUUUACCCAGUAAGAGUCAUACUUGUAUUUAUUUAUUUAUCCUAAUAAGUCAUAUACCCUAGUAUAAAUAAUGCACUGCUUAUUUAUUUAUUUAUCUUUAAGUUAAUAAGUCAUAUAUCCUAGUAUAAAUAAUACGUUACUCUAUUUAAGACAAAUUAUUAUGCAAUAUAGGAUACAAUAUAGGGAAGUAAGCAGUUAAUUGUUAUGUAGAUUACAGAAACCAAAUCAAGUGGAAACUCCUUGCUGUGGGAGAGGAAAGAAAAGCCUUUAUUUUGCAAGGGGCGAGAUUGGAAUAAAAAAAGAGUGAGAAAAAGAGAAUUACAGGAUGUAGUUAUAUGUCAAUUCAUCACUUGACAAUUCUUAACUAUUUCUCUGUCCUAAGGGAACUCAGUUAGAUGUUUAUUAAACCAGGAACACUGGAACACACAGGAACACCAAAACAUGCUGCAGCUCUAGAGCAACCUAGAACACCGCAAAAUAUUGAAAGAGAAAAAAAGAAAAGAAAAAAUAUCUACAUAUAUAUAUACACAAGAAUUUAUGAAAAUGAAACUCGAUUUGCAGGGAUUUUGCGCCCUUUGUGUGUCGAGUCUGUUAUCAAGUUUUUCAGUUGACCAGUAACCUCGUUGUAAGGGGCUUUGGAGUACUGGUGCUUUUUUUGCGUUGCAGUUGCCGUGCACUUUUCACUCCAUAUGUUGUUUUCAGUUGAAAUCUGGGAAAAUCACCCCAAUCCUCAGCCAUGUCUCUGUUUUUUGUUUCACAAGUACGCGUCAGGUUGUAUUUCUCUCUCUCUCUCUUCCUUUUCCUUUCUUUUUUUUUUUUUUUUUUUUUUUCUUCUUCAUUUUGGUUUUUCAACUUGGUGUGCUGAGUUGUUAUGGUGUUUCUGGGUUUAGAACAUGCAACUCAUUUGCAUGUCUAAGACUUCAGGCAGUCUUUAUAAGUGAAACAAAUAACGAAGCUUGACAGGUUUGAAUAAGACAUUUGUUCUUCAUGCGAAGAUCCACCACUUUCAAUGACACUGAGCUGAAUAAUUGUUUUCGUAGGUACCGCACAGAUUCUUAAAAAAAUAAAUACCGACGAAUAGUUGGAAUUAAAUUC